UCCUCGUGGUUCCGGGUCCUGCUCUGGUUCUCGGCGCUGUUCGCAGAGACUGAAGCUCGGAGUCCGAGCGACCCCCGGAAACCCACGGGAAACCUGUUUCCCUUACUUGAACCUGCUGUGAGAAUCUAGCCGCGGGUCACUGCAGUUUCUUUGAAACCUUUGUAGACUCUGAGGCGUGGUCAAGGUCGAACGGCUGUGGCUGCGUUGGCGUCGGAAUACGCACACCGGCUACACCGGCUGAGCCCUGCGAGGCUUUGUGGAGCCGAGAUGACCCACUCUUUGGUUUGUCCAGAGACAGUGAGCAGAGUGAGUUCAGUGCUUAAUCGCAACACUCGGCAGUUUGGAAAGAAGCAUCUGUUCGAUCAGAAUGAGGAAACGUGCUGGAACUCGGACCAGGGCCCCUCCCAGUGGGUGAUACUAGAGUUCCCUCAGCGCAUCCGUGUCUCCCAGCUGCAGAUCCAGUUCCAGGGGGGUUUCUCCAGUCGCCGGGGUCACCUGGAAGGUUCCCAGGGGAAUGAGGCUCUUAGCAAGAUUGUGGACUUCUACCCUGAGGACAACAACUCACUUCAGACCUUCCCUGUGCCAGUUGCCGAGGCGGACCGGCUGAAGGUGACAUUUGAGGACGCCGCUGACUUUUUUGGCCGAAUUGUCAUCUACCACCUGCGCGUGCUGGGGGAGAGGGCGUGAGGCCACUGGGUACUAACUAACUCCUCCAGGAAGCCCUUGGGGAAGCACAGUGAAGUCCUUGAGGUUAUGCACA